AAGUCAGUUUUAUACACCAUCAGAGGAACAAAAAAACAGAGAGAAAGCAUUUAUAGCUUUGGGAUGGACAGUCAAUGUAAUUUUCAGUUAUACUACAAUAACUUCGCAUAAACCAUGACCUGGUCAGGGUGAGUCUUAUCAACCAUGUCAACCUGACUGCUAAUCUAUAAAUAACCCUGACUGGCUGUUAAGUUAUGUCUGGCUGACUGUUGUCUACUUUUAGCUACACAUAAGCUAUGAUCUAUUACGUGUCAACUAAUCUAUAAAUAGCGAUGACAACUAUGACUCACCAGUGGAGAUGUGAUUUGCAUUUAGACAAAUGAUAUGAUAGAUUUACACUCAUGGGGAAAAAAAUUCAAUGCAACCAACAUUCUGUGGGUAUUUACUGUGGUAUUUACAUUUAGCACUAACUACUAAAUGACUUUAUCGCGCGUAUCCAAACCAUUGGCUAAUUACGCCCGUGACCCAAUCACCCCUUGUAACUCAAUCACCCCCGGGUCACCACCCUGCACCGUGCCAGGGGCAAUAAUCCCGCGCAAGCAUCAUCCCGCCUUUGUUAUAGUCCAUCAUUUGCGCGCCAUCUCACUUCAAGUACACACGUUUCGCUGUAUCUAAUUGCUUUCGCUUUGUACAUUUCCUUUGUACGGAAUCGCGACCAUUUCGCCGAUUACGCUUUGAAUAACAUCUAUUUCAACACUCGCCGUAUCGUAUUUACACAAUUGCAACCGUUUCACUGAUUACUGUUUGAAUACCACCUUUUUCAGCACUUGCCGUAUCGCAUUUAUUUCGUUCUACUCCUGAACUUCAUCCUCGGGACAUUUUUACACUUGUGGAAUACCAACUCACCACCUCGACCUUCCGUGAUGCCUCCCAAGAGAAGAUCAGCCGUCAACCAUAAGCUUGUGAGGGGAGCCAAGCAGGCCAGGACAACCAGGAGACAAACCCUGGGAGUACACAUUAUGCAGGAGGCAACAGCUGAUGGUGAGUCUUCCAAUUAUGGAAAUAUCGAAGGUGGCAACACAAUCAACGUGCAAUCGGCACAGCUCGUAAAUGCCACGCAGGCUGCCAACUCGGCUACCCAGGUAAACGAGCAGCUGGAAAAUAUACUCCAGCUGCUUAAACAUUCAGCGCCCGGCCCGGUUAGCGAAAAACAAACAGGUAAGGCUUGGUUUUAGUUCUCCUGCCAUUUCGCUCAACAUAGGGAGAAUCCCCGAUGCUCACAACGAGGCCGACGGUGAUGCAGCUUUGCCAGCCAAUCAGAAUGCAGGAUAUGGGGAUUCCCUAUCCUUCCGUGUUGAUUGGAAAGACGCAAACGUCAAACAACAUGUGAGGGAAAAAAUCUGGCGUGGCACGAUUCCUCAGGUAAGAUAAUUUUUAAAGCAGCAACCAAAGCACCUGUCCCUGGCAAGCUGGACUUCAGCUUUCCACAUUUUCAUGUAUAUCUAUGUUAGAAGGCACUCCGAGGUCCGCACAACCCAGGGCUUGCUGUCCUACAUGGAAACCAUAAGAACGGCGGCACUUCGAUUCGGGGGGGAUGCCUGGUCAACCUACGACCAACAAUUCCGACACAGAAUGUCAAGGGACCCCUCACGACGCUGGGACAACAUUGACGGGGAGUUGUUGCUGAAGUACAUGGUCACACAGCCGGUACGCCAACCAGAGUCAGGCGGACGGGGCACAAUGACACGCGUACAGGGGGACAUCGACAGUCAGGUAUGCUUGGAUUUCAAUAAAUUUGGCUGUAGCAGGGUCAACUGUAAGUACACUCACAAAUGCGGUAAGUGUGGCAAAAAUUCCCACAGCUCUAGGACCUGCUUUCGAGGGAAUGGGGUCCAACCGACCCCAUACAAGCCCAAUCAGCCUUUACCCUAACAGAAAACCAGCCGUCUAGGCAGGUCAAUUCAAUGGCCCCUUCCCCCGUGGAUCUCAAUGAAAUGGCACCCUGGUUACACCAAUAUGCUAAAAUCAAUAACAGAGAUGCAAAUUAUUUAUGGGUAGGUUUUAGCUUUGGUUUUAAGCUCGAGUUCCAGGGAAGCCGCACUGGUCGCCUGGCACAAAACUUGCGAUCAGCCACGCAUCAAGACACGUCAGGCUACGUCAAACAAAAACGACAAAAGGAAGUCGACAUUGGCAGGAUGGCGGGGCCCUUCAAGGACACCCCCCUGGACAACCUCCAAGUAUCCCCAAUAGGCCUGGUGCCCAAGAAGCAGCCAGGCUAUGGUCAGCAUCUGGGGGGCACAGCAGGCACCAGCCACUGCUCAGACAACCUCAGCGGGUGCGUGAAUACACUGGAACAGCUUGGGGUCCCUAUUGCGCACGACAAGACGAUGGGCCCCACGACCAAACAGACAUUUUUAGGGCUGGAAAUCGGCACUAAUGCAAUGCAGAUCAGAAUCCCAGAGUCCAAGAUCAAGGAGGCGACAAGGGAAAUCCAAGACAUCCUGUCAACAGGUAACAUCAAGGUCACAAAAAGGGCCCUUCAGUCCCUCAUAGGCAAGCUUUACUUUAUGUGCAGGGCUAUACCAAUGGCAAGGGCAUUCAGCCGAAGGCUAAUCGAUCUGCUUAGCAAAGGUAAGCAACCAUUUCACCACAUUAGGAUUACCAGCUGGGUCAAGGAAGACCUACAAAUGUGA